UAGGAUCCCUGCUGUAUUCAGUGCAAAGGAUGAACUCUCUUCACUAAACAGAAAUUACUGUUCUGAGAGACGUCGCAAUACCACUCUUGUUUUUGAAUACCUGAAUUUGUUUGGAGACAGACAUAUAAUAUGGGAGUUCCCCAUUCAUCAUGUUGUGUCACCAGCGGUGGCUGAGCUGAAAUUUCCUGCAUCUUGAGGAGAGCAUGUAUAAAAGGAAUGGCCUCAUGGCCAAUGUGACCAUCACCUCCGCCACUCCAGAGGAUGUGUUCAAGGAAGCUCCUGAUAGUAGCAGCUCUGACUCUCUGGAAGGAAGGAGUUCAGACUAUGCCAAUAAAAGCUAUGAUGCGGUUGUAUUUGAUGUAUUGAAAGUAACUCCUGAGGAGUUUGCAAGCCAGAUUACAUUAAUGGAUAUGCCAGUAUUUAAAGCUAUACAGCCAGAGGAACUAGCCAGCUGUGGAUGGAAUAAGAAAGAAAAACACAUCCUUGCUGCUAAUAUUGUUGCCUUUACAAGGAGGUUUAAUCAGAAACUUCUAGAACUGAACAAUCUACAUUCCCUCAUGGCUGUGGUAUCAGCAUUGCAAAGUGCACCUAUUUUCAGGCUGACGAAAACGUGGGCUCUGCAAGUGAUGUAUGCUGACCAUAGCCUUUUUAGCAACAAUUGUUCCCCAUUGUCUUACCUAGCAGCCUGA